AUGGAAGCGGAUGACCCGCGAAUAAUCGGCAAAGACAACGUUGUGCUCGUCGAAUUUUUGGAGCCGGACGCCGGCGAGCCGCAUCCAGAACACGUUCCCUUCAAGCCUGGCCAGAGUCUCGACGAAGCCCUUGAAAGUCGACUGAGGGAUCGCGGGCUGUCCGUCGAGGGCGUGUCGUUCUUUGUUGAGGGCUCCACCACCCCACUCCCCGAAGGCGCCGACGCGCGCAAUCUACAAGGCUACAAAAUCAUCGUCAGAAGCCGCUCGACGAUGCGCGUGUCGCGGAAUGCGCGGACGACGCUGUCGAUGGACGAGACGGUGGAGAGGGGCAGGAAGGUGUCGCAGGACGCCAUCUCCCGCAAGACGUCAUUCGUCAACGCCAAGAUGGUGGGU